UAGACUUACUCCCUGAGGAAGAAGGCUGAGUUGCUCCGUCUGGGUUCCUGGCACCCUGCGCUGGAAUACUCAAAGGGCGUUGGUAAUGUGGGACAAGUGUCGAAUGCUCCUCGGUGGCCCCGCCCCCUCCUCUCUGCGGCGAUUGCGUCCCCUCCGUCAUCCAUCGCUCGGCGCUCGUCCCUUCUCCGUGGGUCUGCUCAGAGCGUUCCAUCGAGUUUCUCGGCCAUCGCGCGCCUGCGCCAUUGGGCUGUCAGUCAGAGGCGGCGUGGAGAGCGCUGGGAGCGGUUGUGGCGUGCGGGGAGCUGAGGUAUAGCUGUGACUUCUGCCCUGCCAGGCCGCGCACGAGCUGGCUGACCCGGUUUGUAAAAAUGGAAUUUCAAGCAGUAGUGAUGGCAGUAGGUGGAGGAUCUCGGAUGACAGACCUAACUUCCAGCAUUCCCAAACCUCUGCUUCCAGUUGGGAACAAACCUUUAAUUUGGUACCCAUUGAACCUGCUUGAGCGUGUUGGAUUUGAAGAAGUCAUUGUGGUUACAACCAGGGAUGUUCAAAAGGCUCUAUGUGCAGAAUUCAAGAUGAAAAUGAAGCCAGAUAUUGUGUGUAUUCCUGAUGAUGCUGACAUGGGAACUGCAGAUUCUUUGCGCUACAUAUAUCCAAAACUUAAGACAGAUGUGCUGGUCCUGAGCUGUGAUCUGAUAACAGAUGUUGCUUUACAUGAGGUUGUGGACCUGUUUAGAGCUUAUGAUGCAUCACUUGCUAUGUUGAUGAGAAAAGGCCAAGAUAGCUUAGAACCUGUUCCUGGUCAAAAGGGGAAAAAAAAAGCAGUGGAGCAGCGUGACUUCAUUGGAGUGGACAGCACAGGAAAGAGGCUGCUCUUCAUGGCUAAUGAAGCAGACUUGGAUGAAGAGCUGGUCAUUAAGGGAUCCAUCCUACAGAAGUACCCUAGAAUACGUUUCCACACGGAUCUUGUGGAUGCCCACCUCUACUGUUUAAAAAAAUACGUCGUGGAUUUCCUAAUGGAAAAUGGGUCAAUCACUUCUAUCCGGAGUGAACUGAUUCCGUAUCUAGUGAGAAAACAGUUUUCCUCAGCUUCCUCACAACAGGGACAAGAAGAAAAAGAAGAGGAUCUAAAGAAAAAGGAGCUGAAGUCCUUAGAUAUUUACAGUUUUAUAAAAGAAGCCAAUACACUGAACCUGGCUCCCUAUGAUGCCUGCUGGAAUGCCUGUCGAGGAGACAGGUGGGAAGACUUGUCCAGAUCACAGGUGCGCUGCUAUGUCCACAUCAUGAAAGAGGGGCUCUGCUCUCGAGUGAGCACACUGGGACUCUACAUGGAAGCAAACAGACAGGUGCCCAAAUUGCUGUCUGCUCUCUGUCCAGAAGAACCACUGGUCCAUUCAUCAGCCCAGAUUGUCAGCAAACACCUGGUUGGAGUUGACAGCCUCAUCGGGCCAGAGACACAGAUUGGAGAGAAGUCAUCCAUUAAGCGCUCAGUCAUUGGUUCAUCCUGUCUCAUAAAAGAUAGAGUGACUAUUACCAAUUGCCUUCUCAUGAACUCAGUCACUGUGGAGGAAGGAAGCAACAUCCAAGGCAGUGUCAUCUGCAACAAUGCUGUGAUCGAGAAGGGUGCAGACAUCAAGGACUGCUUGAUUGGAAGUGGCCAGAGGAUUGAAGCCAAAGCUAAACGAGUGAACGAGGUGAUCGUGGGGAGUGACCAGCUCAUGGAGAUCUGAGUUCUGAGCAAGUCAACCGCCUUCCUUUUGGCCUCCAAAAUCACAUGUGGCCCACAUGUUUCACUCUGUAUUUAUUUCCCAAUAAAGAAGGGCUUCCAAAGGCAUGCUGGAGACUUGUGGAGCAGUCCGAAGCUCCACGUCAGGUGGGCUCCGGGUGUACACAGUG